AAGCACAGAACAGAAUAACCAGAUAGCUAGCAUCCGGAAUUUUCUCUAUCAUGUAAGUUGGAGCUUUGAUCUCAAUUCUAACAGGGUGGUUGCUUGCAGCAUCAUAGAUUGAAGAGAAAAGUAAUUGAAGGAGACAAAUGUUGAGAUAAGUAAGACGAUGAUGGCGAGUUCAAGAGAAGGUUAUCAAGCAAAGCAAGAGGGUGAUACCAUUAAUUUUGAGAAAUUCUCCAAGGCAUCUUCAACUUCAAGACAUUGGUCAGGGUUCAGAAAUCCAAGAAUUGUGCGAGUAUCACGUUCUUUUGGAGGAAAAGAUAGGCACAGCAAGGUUUGCACCAUAAGAGGACUAAGGGAUCGAAGGAUUAGGCUCUCAGUACCCACAGCAAUUCAGUUAUAUGAUCUUCAAGACAAGCUUGGUCUUAGCCAACCAAGCAAGGUGAUAGAUUGGUUGAUUGAGGCAACUAAAUUUGACAUUGAUAAGCUUCCUCCACUUCAAUUUCCUCAGGGUUUUUCUCAAUUUCAUCAACAAACCCUACUUCCUUUUCAUGGAUCAACUGUCUCUGAUCUUUCUCUUGGACCCUUUUAUGAUGCUAAUUCCUCAUUUAUGAGGGAUGGGGGAACUCAAAAUCUCAUGGCAAAGUCAAGGUAUUGGGAUAUAGAUUCAAUAUCAAGACUAAAAGGCAAGGAAGUUGAAAGAGGGUACCAUGUCUCUGAAAAAGAAAAGUGGAUGAAAACAAAUGAGCAAGAAAAUCAAGAUGGAGUUGGAGGUUACAAUAGCCAGGUUUCAACUCAGAAGCUUUUCCCCAUGGGUGGUGCUCACUCUUCUUUACCUGGUUUACUAAACAAUACCAUGGCAUAUAACUCCUACCAUUCUGAACCUUCUAGUCUAUCUUUAUCCCCAUUUGGAAGCCAUAGUGAGUUGUUUCCUUCUCAGGUAGAUCCCCAUCCAAGUAGUGGCAGUGGUGUACAAUUUCCAUCUUCUUUGCCGGUACCAUCAGGUUCUCAAUUAUUUUUUGGUACAUCUUCUGCUGCACCAUCACUCUUUACUCCAUAUGCUCCAUUUAUGGCCACCUCAGUGGAAAAUGAUCCAAGACAAUUCAACCAUAUUCAGUUCUUAAACUCGAGUUCUCAAGCCUUGCCUCAUCCUCUCAUUUCAUCUCUUCACUCAUUCAAUUCACAUGUCAGACCCUAUUCAGCACCAUUUAGUUCCAAGCUUUUGGAUUCAGAUAAUAACAAUCUUAGCCAACCAGAUAAGGGUAGUACUCCUUCUUGAAGCUCCUCUCAUCAUCAUCAUUGUUCCUUAGUUCCAUAGAUAUGUUACAUUAUUGGUUCUAUGCCUCAAUGUUGUGCAAAAAGGAUGUGAGCAAGGAUUAAUGGGUGCUUCGUGAGGAUUCUUCAUAGAAGUCCAUCUAAGAUGCUAAAGCACAUUAUAUAUUAUACACUCUCAGCCAAGGUGAGUACAUGCACGUUUGUAAGUAUGGCAAUGCUAUACAUAUGAGACAUAUUUGUGUUUGAAUCUUUGUGGUUUUAGCUAUACGUACCUUGUUGAC